CGCCUCACGGCGAGGAUGGGGCCGCCCCUAAGCGCCGCGGUCCCGGCGUGCCUGGCGCGGCGAGGCGGAGCCGUAGGUGCCUUUGCGCGUCGGGAAAAGAUGGCGGCGGCCGGGGUGGGCUCUGGCCGGAAGCAGGUGCGACAGGAGGAGCUGCGGCGUCUCAUGCGGGAGAAGCAGCGGCAGAACGCGGGCAAGAAGCGGAUCGACUCGCCCUUCGCCAAGUACAACAGCCUGGGACACCUCAGCUGCACGCUGUGCAGCGUGCCCGUGAAGAGCGAGCUGCUGUGGCAGACGCACGUCCUGGGCAAGCAGCACCGUGAGAAAGUUGCGGAAUUAAAAGGCACGAAGCAGACAGCAACUGGUUCAUCUGCUAACACAUCUCAUCCUGUCAAGAGGAAAAGUGUGGACACAGAAAAUGCAGAGCUAAAGAGAAUUAAAGGUACGAAUGAAAAGCCACAUACAUCUACAUCUGGGCUACCAGCAGAUUUUUUUGAAGAAACAAAGCAACAUGGUUCAAAUGCACAGGUUUCAAAGAGUCCAGGUCCUAGUUUAUUAUCGGGAAUUUACGACGAUGAUGAUGACGAUGAUGAAGAGGAGGAUCAAGAUCUAUCAAACAAAUCUUCUGUUACACAUAAAACUGAAAUUUCCCCUCCAACUCAGGAAUCAAUAGCUAAUUCUCUGCCUGCAGACUUCUUUGACAGCAAAACUACAGCUGCUCCUAUAGUUUCCCAUUCAGGAUCCAUACAAAAAGCAGAGAUACAAGAGAAGGUAGUAGAAAGGAAAGAAAACACUGCUGAAGCUUUGCCAGAAGGUUUCUUUGAUGAUCCUGAAGUGGAUGCAAAAGUGCGAAAAGUUGAUGCUCCAAAGGAUCAGAUGGACAAAGAAUGGGAUGAAUUUCAAAAGGCAAUACGACAGGUCAACACAAUUUCAGAAGCAAUAGUGGCAGAAGAGGAUGAGGAGGGACGACUAGAUCGUCAGAUUGAAGAAAUUGAUGAGCAGAUUGAAUGUUACCGCCGUGUUGAGCUUUUGCGUAACCGCCAGGAUCUGAUGAAGGAGAAGUUAAAGGAAGCCAUGAGAUUAAGAGCAACACAGGAGAAAGAGGAUGAGGCUAUUGGUAGUGAAGAUGAAGAAGAAUUGCAGGAUUUGCUAUCUCAAGACUGGCGGGUGAAAGGGGCUUUGUUGUAGCAUUUCUGCAACGUGAUUGAUACUCUUUAUCUGCGAUGUUACGUCCAGUGUUUGAAGUGAGGCGCUUUUGUUAAAUAUUUAUUUAAAGAGGAUUGUGAGAUGGUAAAAAGCCAAUUGUAUUGAAUAAUGAUCUCUGUAGAUCUGCAGUGGUCUGUCACUUGCUGUAAAAAUUGUAUAUUGCUAAUGUUUUGCAAUACUGAAUCCACAUUUCCUAUUGAAAUAGUUUCCUACCAGAGGUAUUUUAAUACAAUUAAUAAGUAACCACAGAAUCUCUAAAGUAUGGGAAGUGUUAGGAUGUAUCUGGUAAAUUUGAGUUCUGGACUCUUGUGUAUAGAAGUAAAGGACUUUGAAAAUUGAUAGUCUGCAGAGUUUUCCUAGAAUAGGGUGUAGGGAAAGAAACUAUUACGCAUUUAUGUUAUCUUAAAACUUGUAAAUGCUCUUCUGUCUAUUGCCCCAGCUUUCAAUAAAGUAUGUACACUUUUUUUUUUCAGUA